CAAAUUCAUUGCCCUAGAGCUGCUCCUAGCAGGAAGGUAGGAGAUUAUCGCUGGCAGGGACAGUAUGGCGGAUAGGGACGAUAUCCGCCUCUGGCUUGACGCGGAAGAGCUAGAGCACCGGGAAGUGACGGGGAAUUCGGCAAUCCGGAGAAACGAGGCAGGCGAUGACGACUCGGAGUCGGACCCAUUCCGUGACGGAGGCAGCACAGGAAGGGGUGUGGGGGUGGCCAGGAGCAGCGAGCGCGAGGAAGCGGCGGGAAGCGAGAGAGCAAGCGCGCGGGAAGGAGAUCAGCGGGAAGGCGCGAGGACUGAGGGAGAGAGGGGUGAGGCCGCGGGGGAAGGGACGGAGAGGGGUGAGACGGAGAGGGGUGAGACGGAGAGGGGUGAGACGGAGAGGGGUGAGACGGAGAGGGGUGAGACGGAGCGGGAGGCGGUUGAGCGGCGCAUGGCGGCUGCGACGGUGAUUAUAGCGGAAGAGACAGCUCGCUCUGCAGGGCUGACGGUUCAUGAUGACGUCAUGCAGGCGCUUGUGCACCUAACACUCACAUAUGCAGAGCAACUGGCACGCGACCUGCAGCUGUUUGCCCGGCACGCCAAGAGGAAGAGAGUGGAGCCUGAUGAUGUCAUUCUUUCAGUGCAUCGAAACCAAGCCCUCAUGAAGAAGUUACAAGCACUUGCAAUGGCUCUUGGGGAGGAGAGCAAAGGAGCCAAGGGUGUCAAGUCAACCAAAAAGCAUGGUUGAUAAGGAUACGCAUUUUCUGGGUGGUCUUUCUGAAAGGAGUGGUUGAAAGGCAUGUUCCUAUAACGUUUUGUACUCUGCUAUUGUAUAUAACGUUUGGUGACGUUUGGUUCUAAGAUGGUAAACUUGAUGUGAAAUCAUUU